AUGGGUGCAGAAUAUAUAUCUGGCUACGGCUCCAUCCUCCUCUCGGACGCUGUACGCAUCGCUCAGAACAGUGAAUCCGGCGUCGACCAGCGCCUCGCAAACUACCUCGAGCGGAAACUGGCAGAAGUCUGGGCCAAGCUGCAGGCCCAACCCAAUUCCUACAUCCUCCCUCCCGACGAAUUCGCCCUCAUCAACUACUACCGCUCCCGCUUCGGUAACAACGACAUCAUCACAAAGUCGAUAAAACGUUUCUGGGACAAUCACCGAGUGCCACGCUGA